GAUGGCUGCUCGGCUGCUGGCAGGGCUAGUGUUGCUGAUGCGGGCGGCCAGUGCGAGAACGGAGCCGCAUUCGACAGAAGCUGCAGUGGUUGCCGCCAGCUGCACGCCAGAAGGGGCGAAGACUGUCGAGUUGCGGGGCUGCACAUUCGAGCUGCGGGACUGGAUCCGAUGCAAAGGGUUUCCGCCUUCCCCCGGCUUACUCACGCUGCGACUGAAGUACGAAGACGGCGACUGGGGCAACGCCACGGCGGAACGCUAUUGCACUUCGCUUGUCAGCUUCGAAAGGUUCUGUUACGGCCACUGCACGGAAGGCCUUACGUUCGAGGAGUUCACCGUGGGCUGGGCCGCCUUCAUCCGUCCGUGCAAGUACCGUGACUGCUUCCUGGAAGUGCACAUCACAGAGAGCAUAGCAGACCUGAAUCCUUUUAGUUACGACAGCUCCGAUGAUCGAUUCUGGGACUUCAGCAGACCGGUGUUCAGCGGACCAAGGGGCUCACUGAUAUCGGUAGACUUUAAAAACCCAGAUAUUUACUACAAAUCGACGACGGCCUGUAAAAUCUCUCUCCACAACAUCUACCACUUAGGAAACACGACAAUCCAACGCUUCUCCCUUAUAUUCAACCAGAACAACGACACAGACUUGAGGCUCGGACAGAUGCCAAAGUUGAGGAAAUUCACACUUUCCGGUACCUCAGUGCAAAACUUCCCACAAGACGCCCACGUGAUGAUGCCCGGAGUGGAGGAGCUGACACUGCGGGACAACGUGCUGCUGCGGCCACUGCCGGGGGGCCUGUCGCUCCUGGAGCGGCUGGAGGUUCUGGACGUGUCUGGGUCGCGCGUGGGCGGCCUGUCGGGCUGGCUGCCGCCGCUGCCGCACCUGCGUCAGCUGGUGCUGCGCGGCACGGGCCUGUGCUGCCUGCAGGCGGCGGCGUUCCGCGGCGUGCGCGCCGUCCGCAAGCUAGACGUGUCGGGGAACGCGCUGCCCUCGCUCGGCACCGCUCUGAAGGAGCUGCGCGACCUGCGGCUGCUCGACGCGUCGCACAACCGGCUGCAGGAGUUCCCGAAGCUGCACGUCCAGGGGCCCGCCGAUCUAAACUUUGCCCACAACCGUCUGCGCACCCUGCCCGGUUGUAGCCAGCUCGGGUCGGGCAACCGCACUUUACACCUGGACCUUACUGGGAACCAAGUGUCUUCCUGGGAAGGCAGCGCCAACAUGCUGAGCGAGAAUUGA